UUUUGUGCCCGCCUCUGAGAUUAUUGCUGUAGAAGAAACUGAAAUUGACGAGAAGCAAUGUAGUAGUGGAAAAUGGCAAAAAAUGGCAAAGCCGCAUGCUUUCACAGUAUAUUACGUGAAAAGAGCACAAAAACACCGCUGGCGGUGCAGCGAAGUAACAUUUUGGUGCGUUGAUGAGCAACUGUGUAACCAGUGGAUACAGGCACUUAAAGAAUUACUUGAGUUACAGAAAUCUAGACCAAAGCAACUGCUUGUAUAUAUUAAUCCAUAUGGAGGAAAACAGCAAGGGAAGAGGAUCUAUGAACAAAAAGUGGCUCCAUUGUUUAGUCUAGCUUCCAUCUCCACUGAUGUUAUUAUAACUGAACAUGCUAACCAUGCUAAGGAUAACUUAUUUGAAGUUAAUAUAUACAAGUAUGAUGGUAUUGUUUGUGUUGGUGGGGACGGAAUGUUCAGUGAAGUGAUGCAUGGUCUAAUUGGAAGAAUACAGAAGGAUUCUGGCAUAGAUCAAAAUAAUCCCAAAGCACCGUUAGUCCAGUGCAAUAUAAGGAUUGGCAUAAUCCCUGCUGGUUCAACAGACUGCAUAUGCUAUGCAACAGUUGGUGUCACUGAUCCAGUAACAUCAGCACUACAUAUUAUUGUAGGUGAUUCUCAGCCUCUGGAUGUCUCCUCCAUACAUCAUAACAACACAUUUCUUAAGUACUCUGUGUCACUAUUGGGUUAUGGUUUUUAUGGCGAUAUACUAAAAGACAGUGAAAAGAAGCGGUGGAUGGGUACGAUCAGAUAUGACUUUUCAGGUUUCAAGACGUUUCUCUCUCAUCAUUACUAUGAGGGAACAGUUUCCUUUCUACCAGCAAAACACACACUGAGAUCUCCAAGAGAUAAGAAAAGAUGCAGAACAGGGUGCUAUAUUUGCAGGCAAAGUAAGCAACAACUGGAGGAGCCACAGAAAAAUUAUGGAUUAGAACAUAAUGAGGAUGAAGGAGGUGAAGAUUGGAAGGUUAUUAAAGGAAAGUUUCUGGCCAUCAAUGCAGUCAAUAUGAGCUGUGCCUGUCCACGGAGUCCUAAAGGCCUUUCUCCAGCAGCUCACUUGGCAGAUGGCUCUAUUGACCUAAUUCUAGUUCGCAAAUGCUCCAGAUUCAAUUUUCUAAGGUAUCUCAUCAGGCAUACAAACCAAGAUGAUCAGUUUGACUUCACGUUUGUAGAGGUUUAUCGGGUAAAGAAGUUUCAAUUUACAUCAAAGCAUUUAGAAGACAGUGACAAUGAUGUCAAGGAUGUAGGAAAGAAACGUUUUGGCCAGUUCUGCAGAGACCAUCCAGCUUGUUGCUGCAAUCUUAGUAACAGCAUCUGGAACUGUGAUGGAGAAACUUUGGAUAGCUCCACAAUUGAAGUUAGGGUUCACUGUCAGUUAAUGAAACUCUUUGCAAGAGGAAUAGAGGAGAAUUCUAACGAUGAAGCUAUUUACAACCAGAGUACAGUUGAGCAAUUACUAUAGAUAUCCUUCCACGCUGUUUAAAAAAAAAGUUAAAGAAAAUUACUUGAGUAAAUAUGAAUUUCAUUCAAGUUAAUAAAUAUUUUAA